AUGAAUGCAAAUGAUAUUUUAGAGGGAAAUAUUUACAAAUCGUUUCAAAUUAAAAUGGAUAUACCAAAGACAUAUGAGGAAUUCAUUAUUUGUGAUGAGGUAAUGAAACAAAGAUUAUUUGCUGAAAUCACAGAUUGUGUAAAAACAAUUAAAAAAAUUAAUAAAACUUCUCAACUACGUUUUAGUGUUAGUCAUAUUUCUAAUGAGAGAAAAGUGAAAUUAUCUGAUUAUCAAACCCAUUUAUCCAAAAUGGGGGUGCUAUCAAUUAACAAUUCACUCAUUAAAGUGAUUAUGGACAAAACCAAGAGAGUUGCAACCUCUGAAUUCAAACAGAAUGUAGAUACCAAGAUUAUACAGACCCCAGCAGUAAAUAGAUUAGAAAAUGGAAUGCAAGACCAUGAGUUUGUUUUUAUCUUUCGAAUUUUUCGUAAAGCUUUCAUCGAAAAAGGCAAAUAUUUAUACACUUCGAAAAUAGUAGAGUCAGUAUUACAACCUGCUCACUAUCAUUAUAAUAAAGAGGAUAAAAGAGCAUUGUUAAUAAAGAAUGGUAGAGCAACAGAACCUCACGAAUUAAGCACACUAGAGCUGAAGAAUGAAAUAUCAAAAUUUUAUUGUCACUAUCAAAGUGCGGAUAAAUUUAAUGGAAAUGAAGAUGAAGCUAAUAGACAAGAGUAUUUAGGAUUGUAUUCGAACAUUGCACGAUUUUUGAAAUAUAUAUUAUUUUCAAAAAAAAACACAGUGAAUCCCCCGGCCGUACCUCAGCGUCAACAUGUACGUGCUGUUGCUCAAACUCUUCAGCCUGCUGUCGUUCAAGUUCUUCAGCCUGCUUUGACUCAAUCUCCUCAGCCUGCUUUCCCUCAAUCUCCUCAGCCUGCUUUGACUCAAUCUCCUCAGCCUGCUUUCCCUCAAUCUCCUCAGCCUACUUUCGAUCAAUCUCCUCGGUCUGCUGUCGUUCAGGUCCAUCAUCCUAUUGGUGUCAAUGAGCUUUACCAACUUCCUGCUAACAAUGGAAAUACGUUAUACUCACAACCAAUGUAUUCUAAUCAAUUUGAUCCAAAUACAUUUAGAUUAGUUGACCACUCUGUUUACACGACCAAUAAUAGUUUAUACAUAUCUGGGCAACUUCAAUCCCAGCACCCUCAAUAUAAUAGCAUUGGUACUGUACCAGUCAACAACUCUAAUAAUACAGCUCUAAUUCAACAAUCACCAGGUACAACAGAUGAUUUCGAUUCAUCUCAGUCUUCACAAGAGAACUAUCAUGGAGUGGGAGGUUCGACAAUUGUAACAACACCUAGAUUACCAAAUAGACAAUUUACAUUCCAUCCAUACCAACAUACACGUUAUUAA